UCCGGCUGCAGCCUCCUUCUCUACCUACGCCAAGAUCGCCUACUCCUGAAACCAUGAGAGUUUUGGUCGUGGUCCUGUUGGCAGCCCUUGUGGCUGCAGAGCAGCAAAAGCGUUCGGCUGAUCCUGGGCACGGAUUCGGAGGCUUCGGGCACGGAUUUGGAGGGCGUGGACUCGGCUUCGGCCGUUACGGUGGCUUUGGACACGGAGGCUUCGGACACGGAGGCUUCGGACACGGAGGAGGCUUCGGACGUGGUGGUUUCGGACACGGUGGUUUCGGUGGUUUCGGACACGGCGGAUUCGGCCGAGGGCUCUUCUUAGGACACGGCUUAGGACACGGCGGCCACUACAUUGGAAAGCGCGAAGCUCAACCUGAAGCUCAACCUGAAGCUCAACCUGAAGCCAAGGCAGAUCCCGAACCCGGUUACCUGCAUGGCGGCCACGGCUUCGGUCACGGAUUCGGUGGAUUCGGACACGGAUUCGGCGGACUCGGAGGCGGAUUCGGUCACGGACACGGACACGGGCUCGGGCAUGGCCACGGCGGCCACGGGCACACCGUCGAAUACAGCGUCAGUUAUCCUAUUUACGAAGUCGUCCAUUAUCCAAUCUACGGUCACAGCCACCACGGACACGGUUACGGACACGGUUACGGACACGGCCGAUAGUUUUAAGCGAUGAGAAAUCUUUCUUAAGUAUUAAUAUGUAUAAAGGUUAUAAGAAACAAAAUAAAUAUUUAUGCUGCAGCAGAAAAAUCAA